AUGGUUCAAGAUCUUGGCUUUGAAGCUUUCAUGAUGGUAGCUCGACUGGACGCUAUAUUUCAACCUUUACUAACAAGUUCACGGAUACUUCAGUUCUCUGAUAAAGUCGAAAUUUUUACAAGUAUUCUAAAUUUUCAUUUGUCUCCAAAGACAUUUGUUAUCAAAGAUGUUGAAAUAACCUUAAACCUUAUCGAAUGCAACCGUUCACUUGUUCAAUCUCUUCUUAAUUUACCAUCACUGAAUGAUAUUAUUCGAAAAUUUAAAGAACAAGGAACAAUGACAUCGCAACAACUCACCAUAAUUAAUUCAAAAGUUCUUAUGCCAUUUACAAACAUUUGUAUUCAAUGCAAAAAAAAAUUUUAG